AAAAAAUCGGUUCCCGCCAAAUAAACACGUGCAGUUAGAAUAGAAAAUUUAAGUUGCCGAGAGUUGCAACUAAACUGAUUUUGGACACAGGACAAGUCACAGGUAGGACCUAAAGAACGUUAUGCAUUCUUUUGCUGUAGCAAUUUUUUGCCUCUUUGUGGUAUAUUGCCAUGCUAUUCCACCGGGAUACUUGUUAGAAGUAACACACAACUGUGGAACGCUUGGAACAGGAGGUUCGGCAGUCGGAGCUGGAGCUAACGUUACUGUUAAGACCGAUCUUCAUGCAUUCGCAAAAUUGACAUGCAACAAUGCUGGUAGUCCAGUUACAGUAAAGAUGGCGGAGAUUAAUGACACGAAUACUGAAGUAACGACAAAUCUGUACUAUUCUGGUGAUUCCAAUGCAGUUGCUGGUACAGAUUGCUUCUUUUUCCAUCCAGAUGGAGAUUCUGAACUUAAUGUGGUUGAGAUAGAAGUGUUCUGGGGAUUCGGGAACGCCACACUGAUGGAGGAUUAUGAAACCUACACAAUAACAUGUACUACCAAUGGAGACGCUUCACAGACUCUAACAAAAAAGGCGAUUGAUGAUAAUCGAAUUUUGAUGACUGAUGGAUUGGUACAUAACCUUGGUGAUUCAUAUGCUGGUGGCUCAUCCUUGAAAUUGAUGGAUGUUUUGGGUCAAGAAAUAAGUGCCACUAAAGUAUCCAUGGGAAAGAAAAUUUACUUGGAAUUGUCAAUUAGCGGUGGUAAUGAACAGGGAUUAACACCUUACGACUGUUAUGCAAGAAACAGCGAUAGUACAAAAUCGUACAAGAUAUUUAAUGCAGGGUGUGGUGAUGGUAUUGUAUUUAAGAAAUCUGCAGGUUUUACAGUUUCUGGAACAAAAGCUAAAAGUCCAUUCUUCAAAGUGUUCAAGCUUAUUGAAACUGACACAGCCAACACUGCUGUAAAGUAUAGCUGUUCAUUUACAACAUGUAAUAACACCUGCGAUGGGUCAAGUUGCAGCCUUGUUUUGAGAAGUAGAAGAUCUGUAGACCCAGAACAAGCCAUGAUGAUGACGGAUUCAGCAAAAUAUCAAAUCAACCAAUCAACAAGGAGUGAUCAAAGUAAACCAGGGAAAGAGGAGGGAGAAGAUAAAGACACAAAGGAGCGCAAACUUUCAUCAGUGGCCUUAUUCUGUGUUGCAGUACUGGCAAUAAUAUCACUGCUUCUCUCUUUAUAUUCAUGUAUACGACAAGAACGAUCUCGAUCACGACGUGAAUGUGUUCCAGGAUGCAAGUGUCCCAACAGUGAGAUGUGUCCUUGUCCAGAAUGUCCAAGACGGAUUUAGGACAUUGUUAAAUCUGUAAUUAAAUCAUUAGGAAUCUU